CGGAUGUGACGUUCAGUGUCGCCCAACGUGCCGCUAGUGGGCUGUGCAGGUCACCCUCUUCCACGGUGCCCGCGAUCCCGGGGUGACUCUGCCGGGAGGAGGGCGCCAUGGGGGCGCCGCCGCCCGCGCCCCGCAGCCGCCUUUGCGGAGCCUGGGGUCCUUUCCCCCGAGUCUUCGCUGCCGGUGCCGUGGCUGUGGAGUCCCCAGGCUUUGUGGAGGAUCGGGAGCAACGUUCAGGUGUCUCAGACCCCGGUUCCCCGGAAUCCGGAUGGGACCGCCUUCGGCAGCUGUUUGCCAAAGAUGAACAACAGAGAUUCCCAAAGGAAAUUGACUAUAUCUGCAGGGCAGCAGUUUCAGCAGGCAUCAUUGGCUGGGCAUAUGGAGGCAUACCUGCUUUUAUUUAUGCUAAAAAACGCUACAUUGAGCAGAGCCAAGCGGAGAUUUACCAUAACCGAUUUGAUGCUGUGCAAAGUGCACACCGUGCUGCCACGAGGGGCUUCAUCCGGUAUGGCUGGCGCUGGAGUUGGAGAACUGCAGUUUUCGUGACCAUAUUUAACACAGUGAACACUGGACUAACUGUGUAUCGAAAUAAAGAUGCCUUGAGCCAUUUUGCCAUUGCAGGAGCUGUCACAGGAGGUCUUUUCAGAAUAAACUUAGGUGUUCGAGGCCUGGUGGCCGGUAGUAUAAUUGGAGCGUUGUUGGGCGCGCCCAUGGGAAGCUUGCUGAUGGCCCUGGAGAAGUACUCUGGUGAGACGGUUCAGGAGAGGAGGCAGAAGGACAGGAAGGCCUUGCAUGAGCAGAGGCUGGAAGAGUGGAGAAGCAGUCUGCAAGUCACUGAGCUCCUCCCUGUGGAAAUCGAAAGUGGCUUGGAGAAGAUUCAACCUGAGGAAAACGCUCAGAGAAUUGAGGAGCUGCUAAGCCUCCCUAGGAACCCUUCAUCUCCAGAUAAACAAAGCAAGGACUGAGGACCAGGGGCUGUGUCUGGGAAUGCCAGUGCUGGGCUACUCCUUGCCAGCCCGCUGACAGAUGUGAGGGCUGGAAGCUGUGGUAGCGGUCACUUGUCUGCCGUCUUUUUCUUACACCCAGCUCUCAGCAGGGCGCUACUGACCUGUAGUUCCAGAUGCUUAGGGGGCUGAGGAAGGAAGACAGUGCGAUGCUAGCCGAGCUAUCUAAUGAGAAUCUAGUUUUAAAAUGUGCAUCCACAAACAACAGAACCAAAAGCAACCCAAAUAUUCUUAUUUAUUCCGAUCAUUGAGCCAUCUAAAUACUUAACAUUUCUCUAUCCUGCUAGAUUUUGUACAAGUAAAAUUCUUCCCAAAAGAUUAAAAUUGUGUUGUCUGGAUCUCCUAUUCAUGCCUCAGUCUUUUAAGAAUAUUCUCUUGGUCCUGUCUCAAAAAACCAAAAAAAAAAAAAAAAAAUGUUCUCUUGGAGUAGCUGAAGGGACUAGAUAGAGGAGAAUGGCUGUGAGAUCCUCUCCCUUAGGCCAUCAGACAGUGUGAGCCUCUGUGUGUUUAGUUGAUAGGAUUUUUUAAAAUAAGAAUAAGAGGUGAUUCCGCGCCAUUUGUGGUUUAACAAACUGGAAGCAGAUAGGUAUCAGUAAAGAAGCGGUCCAGCUUAGUCCCCUCCUCCACACUGCUAACAAAGCACCUGUGCUGCAGGGCACAGGAGACGCUUAGAUGAGACAUGCUGUUCCCACAGUAAGGAGCUGUGAGAAGCCUGAGAGAAGCCUUCCUAUAGAUUUCAGCUAUGGAUAGAAUGGGAGGAAGUUUAAGACCAAGUCACAGGCAGCACUUUUCUGGCCUUUGGGUGUGUUUUUUCAGUUUUAUUAACAAUGCAGUUAAUGGUCUGAAAACAUUAACUGGAAGAUCCCAGGACUAAGCGGUUGCUUGGUUUUAAAUUUUGUGCAUUUCUAGAUCGGAUGAUGAAACCUUGCCUCUUGAGAUAGAACGAAUCCCUUCUUCUGGCAUUUCCCAUUCUCUGUCCGUCUGUCAGUUAGCCUUGGUUAUCAGGUUGAGUGUGUGGAAUGACAGUGCCUGUGUUCAAGUAAUGUCAUUUAAUAAUGACUCCAAAGUGCAUGAGGAGUGCCACUAACAGUUGACACACAUCAAGACAAGCUGUGCAGUGCACCCUUUAAGCAGAAAGGUGAGCAUUACCACCAUGUUGAGGAUCCUGUAUCGUAUAGAGCCUCAGGUAUCCACUGAGGUCCUGGACUGCAUCCUACCGAUCAGAUGGAGGGCAAGAAACCACUAGCAUUUUAAUUUGGAGUUGAACUUACUCUUGGUAAGU